UUAAUUUCGAAGAUAAACGCAAUUUUCUAUUUUACAAGUUCCACCACUCACCGCUGGAUAGCGCUGGCAGUACAAUUUCAGAAUACCGCGCGCGCAAAUAUGCAUUUCAAGAAUCAUACGAAAAAGAAGCUGUCAAACUACUUCACAAAAAUAAAAAACAACCUAAUGGUUAUCUAACAUGAUGUUUUCCGGGAUGUGGAUAUUUCAAAUCGUGUGACAUGCACAAUCAGUAAGUGUUUCUACAGAUCGUCGUAAAGUGUAGGAGGUAACCUAGAACCGUGUAAAAAUUUUUUAUUAACAUCUUCUACGCGUGAAUUAAUAAUUGGAUCAACCUGAACGUGCGGUUUGUACUGCGAGCUAAAUGUAAUGUAAUAGGAUAACUCGAAAGUGAAGGAGGUGUGUUAGAACUGCGCCAGAUGUUUUCAGUCUCUGAUAUGCAAAUGAAGGUCGUAGAAUUUCUUAGACAAACACGAGAACGUUGUUCACUAUUGUUUCAACUUCAUAUGUUAUGUUUCUAUUUUUAUAUUAUUGCAAUUUCAUAUUAUGAGGGUAUAACAUGAAGGUAAAUCGAUAUAAGAUAUUUUAAGCAUCAAUAGUUGAGGUGCAUUGUACCUGUAUUGUAAAAUACUUAUAUGGUAGGCAGUACUGAAACAGAAAAUGAUUUUGAAGGCUAUAAGGUAAGACAUAUUUUACUUAAUAUAAUUGUGAUGAAAAAAAUAUUCUGUAGAAGAUGUUUUAAAUUAUUUUAAAGAAUUGACGUGUGUUAGUUACUGUAAAGUUAUGAAGUAAUACGGGUCCCUAUUUAAUGGGCCCUAGGCACGUGCCUAUUUCGUCUAGCGAUAAACAUAGCCUUGAACAUGCGUCUGCGUCAGCAUAAUAGGCCAAUAUUCAUUACUUCCAGUUCAUCGAAAGAGAGACUGCUCUCUACUCCUCAUUUUCUUCUACUUCUCGGCUCCUAGUUUCGAUUCCGGUUUCAGUCAAAAUUCGCACGAAUACUCACUCAAAAUAGGCACAUAAACAUUUCGUAAGCACAUGCCUAUAUCGUAGUACCGUUAAAACUAAAUUUAAACGUGUGGUGUCGUGUGUGUACAGUUCGUCCACACGAUAGAAUAGGUGUCCGGUGUAAAAUUACCGUGCAGUCUUAUUUAAUUCAAAUCGUGUCAUUCGGUGCACUGCUUUAUAUCGUCCUGCAGUUAACCCAGUAAAAAAACGUGCAUAAAAGAAAUGAAAAGACGUGUGUGUAUACGUGUGUGAAGAAAAUUGAACGCGUGGGGUCCACCGGUGGCCUCAAAUUUUGUAUGGUCGAACAAUUAACGUUAAAUGCGGUCAAGACUGACACUUAAUAUAACCUCACGAAAACUUUCCAGUUCUAUUAAUUUGCCAGGUGGACUUAAAAAUUGGUAUUUGAAUAUUAAUUAUGGUUUCCGCGUGUCUCGCAAACAGUUUAGUUAUAACAGCUGUUAUCAUCGAUAUUAAUCUUUGACUACGAAUGUAAUCACUGAUCUAUUCCUAAGCAAUGGACAUUUUUAAAACGAUAGUCGAACGCAGGAUAUCGUUGAAUCGUUAUCGUUACGAAAUUACGUUAUCGAUACGUGAUAUGCAAUCAGGGACCGAUAUAUUUGUUCAAUCAAGAAUAGGUAGACGUUUCGUGGGACAUUCAGUUUGGUGAGGCCUUUCCUAGAACGUGGUUAUCACUAGUCCACCACGCGUGCUGUCAACUUGUUGCUAUUUUAAAAAAUGUGUAACCGGUGCUACGAAUGUGUUCCUAUCUAUUGUCUCAGAUCGGUUUGGAGGCAGAAAUGGUUUAUACUGGUCGCUCUGGUUUUUUGUUUGUCUAUAACGCUAAUAAUAUUGAGGGAACCUACGUACUCGCCGGAUGCCUACCGGACUGCAAUAAAGCACGACAGGUUCAUAGACGAGGCGAUGAAGAGCACUUAUCAGGAUGCUCAAGAAUGGUACAACGGUAAAGUAAUAUCAAAAUCGGAUACUACGAAUUGGGUGCGUUAUUUGAACGAAAUUCGUCAACGUUGGAUAGUGUGGAAUCAUGAUUCAAGUAAACCGUAUAAUCUUGAGGAACCGGAAAUCGAGGACCAGUCCAUGGGUCAAGCGAGUGUUAUUCGGAAAAUAUUUGAUGAUAUGAGAAACGGCUUCUUCGUCGAAUGCGGUGCUUACGACGGCGAGACCCGAAGCAACACUUUAGCCCUGGAACGACUCCUCGGUUGGAAAGGUCUGCUAGUGGAGGCGGACUCCAUAAACUUCAGCAAAAUGUUGCUGAAGAACCGGAAGGCUUACCUAACACCUACCUGUCUUGCUCUUCAACCAUAUCCCACGGUGAAUUCAUUCCUGAUGGCCGAUAACGUGGGACGACUUCAUGAACCAAAUGCCACGGACAGCAAUUUACCUAAUUCACCGGAUGUUGCGCACAGUGGGGAUCAUAUUUUGGUCCAGUGUUUUCCGUUCCAUCAUCUAAUGGCGGCCCUCAAUGUGACUGUUGUUAAUUAUUUCAGUCUCGACAUAGAGGGCCACGAACUCGAAGUAUUGAAGACGAUUCCUUUCGACGAGAUAAGCAUCGAGACGUUAUCGGUGGAGUUCGCGCAUCUCGAAGUCGGUAAAACGGAGCUGAUCGAUUUUAUGAGUUCGAAGGGUUAUUACGUUUAUUCGUUCGUUGUUAGAACGGACCAUUUGGCGCACGAUAUAAUAUUCGUGAAAAAAGAUAUGGGCAAGUUUCGUUUUCAGGAGAGAGUGAUUAUUGAUGCUGGUCACUAGAAGUGGACUCAUUCCAGAGCGCACUAUGAAUUGAAAUUUUCAGUCGUUGAUUUGCUCGAAGAUAAGCAAAACCAAAUGGCUUAUUUAUGAAAAGACAGAUGUAAAGUUUGGAAAUGAGAAAAUUUUCCUAACAUGAAUCUGCACGAGCUUACCUACUGUGGGUAAAUACUCGUAUAGAGUUUACUUACCUUGUUCCUGCCUCCAGGUUGUUUUCCUUAAAAACUUUUAAAUAAUGCAGUUGUUAGGUUAAGCUUUAGGUUGUUCAAUAGAAUGUAUUAGUACUGUAUACGUCAAUGGUACAAGUUCU